AUGUGGCUGUACAGUUGGGUCGGUUUCUUGCUGGGAGGACUUUCAGACAUCACGGCCUUUUCUAUCAACACGAAUAAUCAGAUUUACGAUCCACAAAUAGGAGUUAAUUAUGAUAGUUGCACGGUAGGGAACGGGACGUACUAUCACGGUGAAACGUUCAAGCUCGAUUGUCGAACACAGUGCGUUUGUCAGAAUGGUCGUCAUGCUUGUUCGACGUUGUGUCCACACGAGAACCUACCACCACCCGUUGACACCUCUAUUUGCAUUGCACCAAAGCUAGUGGAGCUCCCCGAUCAUUGUUGUCGGGUAUGGCUUUGUGAGCAGCCCGCAACCGAUGUGAAUGCGACCUGUUACAACUCGUCCACCACGCUGUGGUCACCGUGUUCCCAGAGCUGCGGUAUCGGGACGUCGACCAGAAACAUCACCACAACGCCCGGUUGCCAGAAGCUCAGCACGAUACGGCUGUGCGAGAAUCAUCGGUGCAACCGCCAGAGCAAUAAUUACUACUUCGCUGGUGACUAUGCUGCCGAGACCAAGCAGACCAUCGUUGACGUGGGAGCAGCUGACCGGGAGGAAGAUGGCACAACUGCGAGGGAAACGGAUCGUCGCAGUGUCACUAGCCACAAACAACGACUGUACGAGGGUACCAGUGGCUACCGUCCCAACAGUGUUUCUUUGCUCAAUGAAAACGAACAUCGAAGACGGAAGGGUCACGAGUGCCGAAGCAUUCAGCGAACGGCUUCCUCCCGGUUGCGGCUUGGUCCGUGCGUUUCGCGGAAGCUUUAUCGACCAAAAUCCUGCAGCCUGUGCCAGGAUUCCAGCAUGUGUUGUGUGCCUUCAAUAACCACUACUAUUAAGGUUGAAUUACUGUGCCCUUUGAACUCUGGCGAUCCAUUCGAUUUCAUCGAGCAUGGGUACGACCUGUGGGACAGUGCGUCGAUCGAUCCGCUCGACCAGGAGAUGCUGCAGUCACGCCAGAUCCACAUCGAGAACAAGUUCGUCGACGUCCAGUGGGUGCUGAAGUGCGAAUGCGGUCCAAAGAGCAAAAAUUGCCGCCCCCGGAAGUCAGCGGGAUCAUCACUGGGUGGUCAUCCCAGCAGAACGACAGAGCAACAGCAACAACGACGAUUGAGCUCAUCCGAUCCGUUACCAGUCGGCACAGCGGGUUCCACGGUAGAGCAGCAAAGCAACAGAACCGCAUAUCGAUCGCUGCAGGAGCAAGCACGUCCGCUUGCCAUUCAGGACGUGACCGGUGCGGAUCACCCGGGUGGAAGUGAUCCAACCGUCGACAACAAUGAUCCCGUCGACUAUUACGAUGGCAGCCCGGGCAUUCGGAAGGGCCACAAACAUGCGGGUCACCAUCGUUCGUCGGUGCAUCGGCGAUUGGUGCAUCGUGGGCCGCACCGCCGACAGCAGCACCAGCAGCACCGGCAGCAAGGUGCGUUCGGCAGCUGGAACGAUGCCAGUUCCAUUGCGGACGGUAGCGGGGAGUUGCUGAAGCGGGUUCAUCGAACAUAA